AUGGUCGCGUCGCCCUCGAAACCUCUGCGCCUCGUCGUCGGCAUCGACGGCGGCGGCACGUCCACGAAAUGCGUCGUGUCCUCCGUCCCGGUCUCCUCCUCCGCGGUCAUCGUCGGCGUCGGCGAGGGCGGCUCCGCGAACGCCAACAGCGUCGGAUUCGACGCCGCGCUCGAGAACGUCGCGGGCGCGAUCGUCGCCGCGCUGAGAGACGCGACGAGGGAAAACUUCCGGUACCGCCCCGAGGACGUCCUCGCGGGCGACGUCGAGGGCGUGAAGCUCGAGGCGAUUGCGCUGUCGUGCGCGGGCGUGGACGACGACGACGGCAAGGCGCGAUGGCGCGACGCGCUCGCGAGCCUGUGCGUCGCCGUCCCGCCGCGGCGCGUCGUCGUCGCGAACGACGCCGCGGCCGCGCUCGCGAGCGGCACGCGCGGUCGCCUCCACGGCGUCGUCCUCAUCUCCGGCACCGGGACGAUCGCGUGCGGGUACACGGAAGACGGCGCGCGCGCGAGAGCCGCGGGAUGGGGACCCGCGUUCGGCGACGCGGGAUGCGCGCACUCGAUCGGAUCCGCGCUCCUCGCGCUCGCCGCGCGCGUCGCGGACGGACGCGUCGCCCCCUCCUCCCCGGGCGCGGCGCUCGUGCCGGAGAUCAUGGAGACCUUGGGGCUGGACUCCGCGGAGGACCUGAUCGGUUGGGCGUACGAGGGAGGGCCCGCGCCGGCGUGGGCCGACGUCGCGGCGUUGGCGCCCGUGGCGACGCGCGCGGCGGCGCGCGGGGACGCGUACGCGUCCGGGUUGCUCGACGACGCCGCGGAGGGACUGCUCGAGUCGCUGCGCGCGGUGUGCGCGAGCUUGGCGCGCGGGGAGAGCGCCAUACGGAGCGCGCCGUUCUCGUCGAGGGCGAGCAGGAUGUGGGCUCGGCGGCGCGAGCGGGCGUUUACGGCGGGGACGAGGGCGCGAACCUUCUCGGAGAAGUUCGACGUCGGGUCGCCGUUGGGUCGGUCGGUCGUCGCGGGCGCGUUUGACCGGGACGGGGACGACGCGGACGUGGACGCGGACGACGGAGUGGGGCGCGACCCGAAGCUGCUGCCGUUGGUGCUCGCCGGCGGGAUGCUCCGCGAGGGCGGCGGACUCGCGGAGAGGCUCAAGGAGGGCGUCCGAAGGCGCGCGGACCAGGGCGACGACGGGACGUUCCGGAUCGACGGGAUCGAGUUCAGCGCGAUCACGCACCCGACGCUCGGGCCGGAGUGGGGGGCGGCGUACAUCGCGGAGCGGGCGUUGGAGGGCGGCGCGCGGGACUAA